CCCGCGACCGCCGCGUCCUUUACGGCCUGUUUAUGUUUAUGCGACUCUGCCGCUGCCGCGCUGCCGCCGCCUCCGCGCAGCUGAUGAAUCUGGACGCUACGUCCGCGCGCAGCACUGCGACUGCGCUUCCCCCCCGCUAUGCGUAAAACGCGCGCGUCGUUUCCGCCUUCGCUCUGCCGCUGAUGCGGCCCUUCGCCAUCUCCUCGUCCGUCUCCUCCUCCUCCUCGGUACCGGCUGCUCACCGACCGCUCAGCCGUCGCUGCCGCUCACGCACAGGGGCAGCAGGAUGGUGCGCAUCGCCAGCGCGCUGGGGCUCGUCAUGUUCAGCGUGGCGCUGCUCAUCCUGUCGCUCAUCAGCUACGUGUCCAUCAAGAAGGACUUCCUGCUCAGCUCCCCCAGAUACGGACCUAAUGGAGGACCCAGGAUGUACAUGUUCCACGCGGGGUUCCGCGAGAGGCCGCCUCGCAAACCAGACCUGAGCUCCCAGCUGGCGAUGAAAUAUCUGGAUCCGGCCUUUUCAUCUCUGACCAACUCUCUCAGUGAGGACCUCCUGAACUCGUCCAGAUGGACGUACAACAGCACUGGGUUUACACAGCAGAAACAAGAGAUCUCUCAAUACAUCGACAUCCCCCACAACUUCACACUGACACGGGACGCGGUCAGGAUCGGACAGCUGAUGCAUUACGAUUACUCCAGCCACAAGUACGUCUUCUCCAUCGGCGAGAACUUCCGCUCGCUGCUCCCCGACGCCUCGCCCAUCCUCAACAAACACUACAACGUCUGCGCCGUGGUUGGCAACAGCGGCAUCCUCACAGGCUCGCGCUGCGGACCGCAGAUUGAGAAGUUCGACUUUGUCUUCCGCUGCAACUUCGCCCCGACUGAGCUCUUCAAGAAGGACGUCGGGCGGCGGACCAACAUGACGACCUUCAACCCCAGCAUCCUGGAGAAAUACUACAACAAUUUGCUGACUGUGCAGGACAGGAACAACUUCUUUCUGAGCCUGAAGAAACUGGACGGCGCCAUCCUGUGGAUCCCAGCGUUUUUCUUCCACACGUCGGCCACGGUGACAAGGACACUGGUCGACUUUUUUGUGGAGCAUCGAGGUCAGCUGAAGGUCCAGUUGGCCUGGCCUGGAAACAUCAUGCAGUACAUCAACAAUUACUGGAAAACCAAGCAGCUGUCGCCGAAGCGCCUCAGCACCGGGAUCUUGAUGUACACGCUGGCGUCGUCCAUGUGCGACCAGAUCCACCUGUACGGCUUCUGGCCGUUCGGCUGGGACCCCAACACGGGCAAGGAGUUGCCGUACCACUACUACGACAAGAAGGGCACCAAGUUCACCACCAAGUGGCAGGAGUCGCAUCAGCUGCCCGCCGAGUUCAAACUCCUCUACAAGAUGCACACGGAGGGACUGCUGAAGCUCAGCCUGUCCCACUGCGCUUAGGGCUAACGCGGCGGCGUCUGCGGCUUCAAGCUCCGCCCCCUCGCAACGCUUCCUCUCACCAGGGCUGUCAAAGGGACACGAAACUCAAAGGCUGGGUUUGUCAAACUCAAAAUCGUAGACUCGUAGCCUCAAAGGAAACACACACUCUGACACUCGAGAAGAAACUGUUUGUACAAAACUGUGAAAUCCUUCGGGAAACGAUGGGCAUUUUUGUUUUCUACUGCCUGAGAAUCUGACGCUGUGAAGAACUUCUGCCUGCAGCUGAACGCACGUUCUCCAACGUUUCCAUCACUGACCCAUUUUUUUUCCAUUGUUGAUUCUGUGAAGAUUUUCCACGUGGUAAAUGUUGUCUCAUAUCGUGGAUCAUAUUCUAGUUAUUUUGCUAAUCAACACUGAAGCAACGCGCUGUUCUUGAUAUGACGCGUUAGCGUUAGUUACCGUCCGAUCAACCUUUGUGUAAGUGUCACUUUAACGCUUUGACGGUGGCCAUGUCUUUUUCCCCAUACUGGAGUGUCACAGAAAGGGUUGCUAAUGUUGCUAAAGCUAUGGCGCUGUCAUGUUUGCCGGUGUUAUGCUGUGUUCACACCGGCAAACGUGACGUGGAUUUGUGGCGCGCCAAGUUUACAUACAAAGUCAAUUCUCAGAAUCUCGUCCAUCGCGUCUGACGCUCGAGUUGAAUGAUUUUGCGUUCUUGCCCGCAGCCACAAUCCGCUCAGGGAAAAUAAAAUUCCCCGCCAAUCCUGGUUGGUGUGAACACAGCAUGAGGGGAGGAAACGGCCGUGUCCGACCUAUCUCAGAUUAGACUCCGUACUGUUAAAAAUCAAACGUGUGCACAAUUAAGCGUGAUAUGAUAAGCUAAGCUAACCUAUAGCACCUGUGCUCAAAUAUUAGCAUACCGUGACGAUGGAAAAAAAUAUGUUGUCUCUGCCACAAGCAGUGUAAGAACAGUGAAGCAACAGCGCCACCACGCUCAAAGUGGUCGACCAGUGUACGUGUCUGCGAUCUCUGAGCCCUACGGAUAACGUCCAGCAAAGAAUUAGCCUCCUGCGGGGAAACAGCCAAUCUUUAAGAACAACCGGCAACGAAUAAAGCCUGCUUUUAGUUUGUUUUACACACGUGUGAGAUGUGAAAAUCAUUUUUGGAAAUUACAUCGAUGACCACUUUUUCUUUUUACAGUGAGCUAGUUUUUGGCUAAUCUCUAUCAAAAGCUAGCUGCGUAUAAAUGAAUAUAUAACAAAAGGCUGGUAGUUGAAGGAUGAUUGUUAAAAAAUGGAAAAAUUACAACCUUCAUCUACAGAUUCUGCAACACAUGAUGUUCCUCUUUCGCGGACGUAAGGGUGAUGAUAAAAAUGUCGUUUGAUUUAGUCAGAAACACUUGGAUUUUUCCUCAUAGCAUCACAAGAAUGUCCUCAUAGUAGCACAGAAGUCUUCUGAUGUUUGGUCUCCAACAGUUGGUCUACUGCGGCUUGGAGAACAGCUCGCUUUUUUUCCCACACCCCCUGCUGGUGUUGCCUCAAAUAUUUACUUACUUACGCUAUCAAAAAACACAAAGUAGGAGAAAGUACGUUCCUCACAAAACCUUUUUGAAAAACAGGGUCGCACAAUAGUCAUGGAUUGCUUCUUGACUGACACUGUCCACUUCCUGUUUCUGCGGAAAAUCUGCUUUUUAAACCACGCCAAACCAACGUUUAAGAGGGCACAACCCUAUUGCAACCUUGGAAAAAAUGAUGAUGUCAUAGCCCCGCCCCCUCUCAGUCCUGCAUUCACAGUCACCAUCUUCGUUGCCGUCGUCUUCCUCUUCUUGUGUUUGGAGUUUGUGCGCGAAUGCUCCUCACGUUCUUCUUCUCCAGUCUUUGCUGUAUUCUCUGGCAGCAGUGUCACAGCGCCACCUACAGGCCUGGCGUAAAUACUACAGUAUUUAGAGUGGUUUUGGGAGGUUCCGUGUGUACGUGUAGACAUUUCUCGAAACGAUAGCGUGUUUUGGUGAAGACUUUUUAGGAGCGAAAGAAAGUUCUCCAACGUUAAGAGAUUAAAAAUCUUACUUUUUGUCUUUGUUUUUCUCGGAACGACAGAUGACCUGCGUUGGUUGUCUUCCUCGCGACAGAGGCCUGUGCUCAUGGGCUCGGGUCUGAUCCUGCUAAUUUGAUCUCAGGACGGUGACAACGUGACCACGAGUGAAAACACACUUUUAUACAUGUACAGUACAUUUUGAAUUAAGGUAACUGGUGGAUGCUGCUGUUAAAUUAAUAUAGACUAACCAUAGAUGCAAAUUUAUUUUGUUUGACAUGUUCAGUUCCUUUGAUUUUAUAUAUAUAUAUAUACACAGUAUAUUAUUUAUAGUAUAUAUAUAUAUAUAUAUAUUAUAUACAGUAAGUUAAAAUAAGUAACGCUGACAUAUCACCUAAUAAAAAUCAACAUUACUAUCAUUUGAUUUGAUAAUAAUAACUUUGCUUUCAUGUAUGCCUGCUACAGCUGUUGUUUGUUGUUCUUCAGGUUUUUUUCUCCUUUAAAUUGACAGUUUAGGUUUUUCAGUGCUGACUGUGCUGUGAGCGCCCCCCUUUGGCUCACGUGAUUUAAUCUAUGUCUACGACAUUUUAAGAACAUGGUCACCACUUAAUCUCACUGUUGGACAUCAUGUUUUGACUGGAAAUGGAAGUUUUGUUAAAUGCUCAUGUUCCUGUACCAAAGUCCAUAGAGAAAAUCAGCGUUUUUAGCUCGCAGUGACGCAGGAGCUGCAGGUCUACUGCUGCCGUGUUGGUAAGUUCGGGUCACUGAAAAUUAGGAUUUCAAAAAAAUUACACCCUAAAUUAAUUUGAAUUCACUGAUGGAAACAGGAGUGGAUCAACAACUGUGUGAUGUGACGUAAAAUCGCUGAGUUUCUCUAUGGACUUUGGUGCAGGGAGAGGUGAGUGGUUUACAAAGUGACACAAACUCAAGUUUCUAAGCAGAAAAGGUUGUCUAAUGGUGAAAUUAAUAUAUACUGUAUAUAAGCCAACAUCAAUUUUAUUUAUUAUUAUUUUACUAUUGCCGGAUUUCAGGAGAUAGGGAGCGCUCUCAGUUCAGUCAUGGCGUACUAUGUUGCAGUAUCUCCUACAACCACAGUACAAGAAACUCUUAAAUAUCCCUUUAAAUUCAAAUUACAUUUUUUUUAAUCAAUAAUGUAUUGAUUCUAAUUUAAAAUGAUGAGUCAUGUUUGGUUUCAUGUCAUUUUAACCUGGAAACAGACACACGUUUGCAUCAUAUGUUGAAAUAUCCAGGUAUUUUGUGUAUUUUUGUUUAAGGAUUUUUGUUCUUAAAGGGGCAGACGUAAAAAUGUUUUGCUGUUUAAAUAAAUCUGUGACUUACAAACUAGAUGUUUCUUAAAGGCACGUGUUUUUCAGGCAUAUGAAAUGAUGUGAUUUAUCAUAUUUAUUUUAAUUGUUCUCAUGUGUUUCGAUGUUUGCUGAAGAGAAAACUGGACUAUUUUUCUAACGUGUGGGUGAAGAUCAGCUGUUUUUCUUUCUGUGAAAAUGUCAUCUCUGUGACUUGAAACGUGACAUUUUCAGGACCUGGACGAAAAAGAUUGUUAUUUUCUUGCCUUGAGCUCGUCACAAACACCUUUCUAUUUUUUUUUAAAUGAAUGUAUUAUUUACUAUUCGAAUGGAGCGCAGUUUCUUACAACAUCCAUACCAGUAUGUCUUGAAGAGUAACAUAUACUAACACUGCAUUUAGAAAUCACACACAGUAUCCUGUAGAUGAACAAACCAUGUUUUAAUUUAACGAUCUGAUACUUGAAAUCAAAUAUAUCUACUCUGAAUUUAUUUCAUUAUUAAGUCAUUAAAAUUAAUGAAAUGAUCAAUUUGACAAAGUGAGCACUGUCUCGUUGUUAUAUAUAUGUGUAUAUGUACUAAAUGUACGAGGUUUCUUGAAUGCAAACUAGAUUCUGCAGAAAUGAUCAAAUUUACCAGGGUCUAUGAAUGCAUCUCCUGUUAUCUGAACACACUAUGAACUCUGCAUUACCCUUACUAACGCUCAUGGAAUUUUGAAUAUUUAAAUAUUUGACAACUAAUUACCGUCGAAUAUCAAGAGAGGCCAAACUACAAGUAAAGAGACGUAUUGACUAGCCACCAGGGGGCAACUCUGCAUCUGUAUUUGUUGCCUCUUUAGGUCUUUUUUUUCUGUCAUAAACCCUGGCCUUGUUAGGACCAGAAGACCUCAUGGAGACCAAAACCUGGUCCUAGGCAGAACGUAAUUUCUUAAGGAAUUGGUUCAAUUGAAAUUUGGUUAAAGUUUGGGAUACAGCUUUGUUUGUGGUCUGUCCAGACUUUAGUCUGUGUAGAAAAAAUGUUGUACAUUUUGGAUUUGAAAAAUUAACAAAAAAUGUUUUAUUGUUGUUUUUUUUGUUAUAUUUUGUCAAUAGUUCCAUAAUUUCACGGUGACAUUGCUCUUUGACUAAUUUAAAUCCUUGAACCCCCCCCCCCCCCACACACACAACUCUGUGCUGUUGGUUUUCGGAUUUUAGGGAGGUGUGUGUGUGUGUGUGUGUGUGAUGAAUUGUCCAGCUCAGAGGUCAAAGGUUAAGGAUCAUCCUCGGAGCAGUGAUGCUCAAAUGAAGGUGAGUCACAUAAAAACAGUCUAUGGUUAAAGAAAAAAACAAACGCUGUUUGUCUGUUUGAUGCUUUAAUUUAAUCUUAGUUCAAUUAUAAUUAGCUAUCAGAUAAUAAUGUUAUUCAUUAAAAACAGAUGUUUGACUUGUU